AAACACGGCAGAUAUGUAUGUAUUGGGUGUAGAUUUGGGUACCACAUCGAUUAAGGUUGUGUUGUUUGAUACACAAUUAAAAACAGUAACAGACACCUGCAGUUUACCGACCAACUCUGACGUCAGUGAUGAAGUACACGAACACGCCAAGGAGCAGGACCCUGUGAAAAUAAUCGCCACUCUUGACCAGUGCAUGUCUGCUCUUCCCAAGGACAAGCUGAACAAGGUCGUAUGUAUUGGUGUAUCAGGACAAAUGCAUGGGGUGUUGUUCUGGAAAUCUAAAACAGGUUGCGAAUGGUGCAGUAGUCAUGUGGGUCACAUGUUCAGACCUCAAGAUGUGACUCGGCUGAUCACAUGGCAGGAUGGGCGCUGCAGUACUGAUUUUCUGUCAUCACUACCCAAGCCUGACUCACACCUAAAUGUGGCAACGGGCUUCGGCUGUGCCUCCAUAUUCUGGUACACCAAGCACAGGCCAGAGUUCCUCGCAGAGUUCAGUGUGGCAGGGACCAUCCAGGACUACGUGGUGUCCGUGCUUUGUGGCUUAGAAGGCUGCAUCAUGAGCGCACAGAAUGCUGCUAGCUGGGGGUACUUUAACUCCACCACCAACCAAUGGAAUCUGGAUAUUCUGGAAGAAGCAGGCUUCCCUGUGCACCUGCUGCCUACACCCGUGCAGCCUGGGUCUGUAGCUGGUCAGACCCGCUUCGAAUGGCAUGGAAUCCCCGCUAACACCCCUGUAGGAGCAGCACUGGGAGACUUCCAAUGCAGCGUCUACUCCUGCAUGAAGGACGAGACGGACGGAGUAUUAAACAUGAGCACAUCUGCCCAGUUGACGUUUGCCAUGCCUGCUGAUUUUGUUCCUCCGAGAGUGCCGGACCCUCUCUCCCCUGUCACUUACUUUCCGUACUUUCACCACACCUACCUGGCAGUGGCUGCGGCGCUCAAUGGAGGCAACGUUCUCGCAACGUUUGUAGAUAUGUUAACUUCUUGGAUGAAAGAAUUUGGAGUGGAGGUGAACGAGUCAGAAGUGUACACCAAACUGAUAGAUCUUGCGCUAACCCAACCCAACACUGACCUCCACAUAACCCCAAACCUGCUCGGAGAACGUCACGACCCCGGCUGCCUCGGUCUCAUCUCCAACGUCUCUCCGACUAACCUUUCGCUGGCUCACGUGGCGCGUGCCGUUUGCACUGGGAUUGUGGCUAACCUUACCAGCAUGAUGCCCUCUCGCAUGCUGACGGCCGCAGGAGUGAAACGGAUCAGGGCUAGUGGGAGUGCGCUGUUCCGCAAUGAAGCUUUGAGGCAGGAAGUAGAACGAGCGUUCACCUUGCCGGUGAUCUAUGGGAAAGAUGUGGACUCUGCCGUUGGGGUAGCAAUGGUUUUUACUGACAGGUUGUUAAAAAAUAAUGAAUCUGUCUAAUGAUUGUGGAAAAUACAGAAGCUAAUCACUGCCAGAUGUGAUCUCAGCAAGAGUAAACAUUUGGAGAAAAUGUUUUUAGGCAAGUGUGGCAAUUUUAGGUAAUUUUCCUCCUAAUCUAGUCGUGUCCAAUUACCCAAUUGCAUUUCAUUCCUCUCUACUGCUGCUAACCUCCUUUCCUGACCGAGGAGAGCCUCUUCCGAUACGUGCGCAGUAGCCGACUGCAUCUUUUCACUUGCACAAGAUCAGUUCAUAUGGGGCUCGGUCUUGCACACGUAGAGUCACGCACUGAUCUCUAUUAUCCCUCGAUCAGCCAACAGAGGUCAUAAUUGCAUUUUGUUCUUCUCUACUGCUGCUAACCUCCUUUCCUGACUGAGGAGAGCCGUGACUAACACGCCCCCUCCAACACGUGUGCAGUAGCCGACUGUGUCUUUUCACUUGCACAAGAUCAGUUCAUAUGGGGCUCGGUCUCGCACACGUAGAGUCAUACACUGAUUUCUAUUAUCCCUCGAUCAGCCAGCAGAGGUCAUAAUUGCAUCAGUUAUGAGGAAUCCCCUCCGGCACCCAACCCAAUGGACGAGCCAAUCAUUGUCCGUAUAGGCGCCCAGCCUGCCGGUAGCACAUUUCACGGGUUCGAGAUGGCAGCUCUGGUGCCCUAGCAAACUAAUCUAAUGGAGACAUAGCAUGGAUGAUUCGGAAAUAGAUGAACCAGCUGUGGGUCAAGGGAUUAGACUCCAUGUAAUGUUUAUUAUAUAAUGUUAAAUCUUUUAAUGGCUUUUUUGCUUGACCAAUUACAGCCACGUCUGAUCCGGGACUUGCUUUAAUUGUUAAUGGCCAGUAAAAGGAUGUAAAUAAAAAGAAUCAUUUCAGAUAAUAAAUCUACCAACAAUAUUGUUAAUAAAUAA